AACACCUGGCACAUUGCAUACAACUGCAGUAUCAAGGAGGAGGUCAUGCUCAGGGUAAUUCCGGAGGUGUUGCCGGCAGAUAAUCCUCAGCAGUCUGCAUCAUGCUCGCAUGUGGGUUUGCAUGGCAAUCAUCCCUGUAGACAUUGCGAGUUUGGUGGUCUUGAGCUUGAACGCGAAACGGAUGAGGGGUAUGAAAGUCACUUCUCGGUCACCGGGGACACCACGCGUACCGCAGCGGAGACACUGGCUGCCGUCUGCGCGCAACUCCACGCAGCUGGCCUGGGUGUUGCAAAGACGGUCACUGACAUGCAGACGAUGUCAGGGAUCAAAGACCCUCUUGCGGCGUUUUGGGUCCAACAGCUGAUCGUGCCUGCUCACGAGAAGCAGCAAAUCCGGAUUCAUAAUCCCACAACUCGCGAUCCACGGUUGAAUGUGCAGCGGAUGCUCAAUUCUUGUUCACUAACUAGAGGUCACUGGCGACUUGUGGAAUAUUCAGGUCUCGAUGUUCAUCGGGAUACGCCCAUGGAGCUUCUCCAUACCUACCUCCUUGGUAUCAAAAAAUACUCCUGGUACCACAUCCAUAACCCGUGGACAGCAUCACAACAUGAAGCAUUCGCCACCCAACACUCCCAACCAGUAUAG